ACCACCCCUUGUGGCAAUGAACAGAUGAAAAGAGUAAUUCACAGUCGUCUCAAGAGGAAGGAAGAGAAGUCUAGCAACGUCGCCAAAUCAACUCGCCGGAGUUCCGCCGCAGCUCUUUCUCCUCCUCUCUUCCUCUUUUCGUAACCAGUCCGCUGCUUCUCCAUCGGUCAUCACCACCAUCUUCAUCACUUGCGAUUGCUCAUUGGCUCAAACCUACUGAAGAAGUAAAAAAGCAAUGUCAUUUACAAAAGGCGACUUGCUUACAAAAACAAGAAAGCUAGUAAAUGGUUUGGCCAAAGUGAAGCCUGUUUGGCUCAAGGCUAUGGAAAAGUCUCCACCUGCAGUGUUUCCACGUGCUGAAAAGAAAGUGGAACGAAUCUGCCUCCCUGAGGAUGUUUAUGUGAAUAAGUUCUAUAAGAAGCAUCCUGAAUCAUUGCAUGAAGAUCCCAUCAAGAUCCGUGAUUUUGACCCGACCCCAUCUCGUAUAUUUGGUUGUCGGGUGCUUGAGUUAAAGGAAGAAGGUGUAACUGAAGAGGAUGCUAUAGAUGUAGCUGAUACGGAGUAUAAGCUACAAAAGAAGGCGAAAAAGAAGGCGUAUAAACGAUUGAAAGAAAUUGCAAAAAUUAGAGGGACGAAAUUGCCCCCGAAUCCAUAUCCAAGUGCUGUGAAGGAGAUACAAGCUGAGGAAAAGAAAUAUGUUCAUGACCGUUUUUUCAAUCCAAGAAUCUUGGAGAUUGUUGACAAGCUUAAGGAACAGCAGGCGGCUGACAUGCUGGAUAGAGGCAGGCCAGCUGGCACCUAUUAAUGAUUACUCCAUGCUUUUAAAAAAAAUUUAAACUUGUUUUAUGCAUAAUUGAGGUGUAAUAAAACACUAUAAUUGGUUCAAGUUGUUUUGUUUUGACUUGAUCUGGAUAGAAUGAGUUAUUUGACCUCAAAUGGUCAUUUAGUUUCAUUGAGAUGGUUUUCAUUCAAUCUAGAAAAGAAUACAAGAUUUUAUAUAUGAGAGCUAUCAUUACUCGUUUACUCACUUUAUCCAUGUAUGACUUAAUGGUAAAAAACAAGUCUCUUAGUUCUAGAAUGAACUAAGAAUCUCUGAUCUUUGGCAUCUUUCCAUGUUAUGUAGAAUGC